AUGCUCUUCAACAGCAAGUCCCUCACCUCGGCCCUGGUGGCCAUGGUGUCGCUCUCGAUCGCCGUCUCUGCCUCGCUCGACCCCAUCGAGCAGCACCUCGCCGCUCGUGACUCUCACCCCUUCCAGCCGAGCAAGGAGGCCCCUGGCAAGCUGGCCACCCCCGUCAACCUCGCCAAGAGCCCCGUCUCGCCUCAGGCCGUCUUCAAGCUCACUGGUCAGGACCUUCACAGCAAUCUUCCAGGUACCAGUGCGGGUGCUUCGUCUUCUUCCGGUCAGUCGGCUAUUGCCGUGCCCGACCCGAACCAGAAGUCCACUGCUGAGCUGGCCGGGGCUGGUGACGAUGGCCCCAACAAGGGUCACUGCUACCUGAGUCAUGACCAAGCCAGUAUCAAGCGCAUCCGCUAUACCAUGAGGGUGCAGAUUGACCGCGACGAGAGCGGUGCCACGACCACGGCUGAGGCUGGGUCCGUACGCGGCGUCGUCAUCAAGGCGACCUCGGGUCUGUAUUCGAAGCCGAACCCCGACGAGGGGUCGUGUGCCAAGACGCUGGCUCGCCACGGUGAGGUUUGCGCAAACAGACCGUACAUCGUACCUCAGUCGAUCCUUCCUACCGGCCCGAACGGUGGAGCUGCUGCUGCUGGUGCUGACAAGGGCGACGACAAGACGAAACCAGAUGGCGCUGCCCAGCCCAAACCUGAGGAGAAGGAUCCCGAGUAUCACGCUGGACCGCUUGUCACCAAGCGAUCUCCUUCGCAAAGCUUGAUGUACGCCGAAGAUGAGGCUGCGCCUCUCGUAUUCAAGAGGGAAGUGCUGUUGCACGAUGGAGGCAUUCACCUCGAUGGCAUUCACCCCGACGGCAUUGCACAUCCGCUUAUCGAGCGCGAUGUGAGAGACAAGCCAGCUCCCGGCACCAACGCAGUUGAUCCUGUUCCUCCUCUUCCUGCCUACAAGGCGGACACCACCGUGUCUGGCUCCGGCGCCUCGAUAAGCGGCCCUGCUGGCACUGUCUGCAUCGACACGGUCAAGCGCGACCAUGAGAUCACCAAAGUCGUGCCCACCAAAGCCUCGCCCAAGGAUACCGCUCAAUCUGGCGUCGAGCCGCUGCACUUCGAGCUCGUCCGCAGCGACGAUAAGCAGAAUGUGUGGAACCAGAUCAUCUACAACUCGCAGCACAAGCCGAUCGACGUGACGCACUUGUCGCUCACAGAGAAGAUGUCCGUGUGGCGCGCAGAGUACAAGUGCGAAUCGUGCUCCGUGGGACACCAGAAACACACGGUGCUGUACGAGAACGUCGAGAUCGAGCUGGACGACCUGCACGAGGCGACGCUGCCCGCUGUGCAGUGCGAGGGCCAGGCGCAGUCGACCAAUGCGCACAAGAGAAAGACAAGCAGGUACGCCAACAAGAACGGCUCGGGCGUCGGGUACACGGGUGCCAUCAUUGCCAUCGACCGCGUCACCCUGGGUGUCUAUGACGGCAAGGGCCACGGUGCUGCCGCAUCGUACACCGCGGGUCAGAUUAUGCCUGUAUCGGUCACCGUGCCAGAGCAGCUGCCUCCCGCUGUGGACGAGUCCAAGAAGGACGGCCAGCCCAAACCCAAUGACGCCAAGCCCAACGGCGUCAACAAGCGCGACGUCGUCGCUGAAGCCGAUGGCCCCAUUUUCUAA